GAAGCAGAGAAGAAGAGCCAAUCAGAGGAGGAGCAGCUGAUCUUUUUCCAGCACUAAUGAUGUAAAGGAUGAUCAGAGUUGAUGUGCAGAUGAAUGAUGUGUGUUUCCUCUGCAGGUGAAGCUAGAAAGUGUGUGUGAGCUGAUGUGAAUUGAGCAGCAUGGAUCAGUGUGAGGACAGAGAGGAGGGAGUCCCUCCCUCUAAAACCACUCUGUGUGGGGAAGAUGAGAGCCAGAGCAAAGGUCAGAGGAUCCAUCAGAGACUCAGACCAGAACCAGAACCCAGCUGUGUGUCCUUUAAGAGCAACAGGUCAAAGAAUGAGAGCAUUGACUUUAAAUCUCCUGGAUCUCCACCAUCAGAGAGGAUCAGUCCUAGUUUCACACAAGGAGAAUUAAAUCCCGCCUCUGUGUCUUCUGAGAGUGAAGAAUCAAUGGAUCAUUGUACCAUUGACGUUAAAUAUCCUAGAGCUCCAUCAUCAGAGAGAGUGGACGAGCAGAGCUCAAAUGUUCCCAGUGGUCCGUCGGCCCAGCAGAAUCAGACAGAGCUGGACUCCAUAUUUAUGCUGCUGGAGGAAAACAUUGUUACUUUUGUGAAGAACGAGCUGAAGAAGAUCCAGAAGGUUCUGAGUCCAGAUUACCCAGAAUGCUCAGAGAGUCAGAAAGAGGAUGAUGAGGUGUUGAAAGGUGAUGAUGAAGAGAAGAAGAGGAGCAGCAGAGAGGCAGUGAUGAAGAUCACAUUGAACUUUCUGAGGAGGAUGAACCAGGAGGAGCUAGCUGACCGUCUGCAGAGCAGUAAGAGGAUUUCUACAAAGAUUUAA